AUAUCCGGUCAAACCAACGCACCAGGAAGUUUCAUACAAAAACUUAAUUGACCACAAUCCAUUGCGACUUCCUACUGCGCAUGUCCGCGAGUGGUUAUGGAGCUCGGACGCGUCCACGAGCUGUCAACAUUACGGUGAUGUUCGCGUAUAAAGUGGAGGGAUGCCCAGGAAAAUAGGAUUUAUUGUGGUCAGCUCUUCCAGUCAUGAGGACAACUUCAGUGCUAAAGAGCUCAUGGUCCAUGCACCCACUGUCAGCGGGUGGAGAUCUAGCAAGCUGUGCAGCUACCCUCAGCACAUCACCCUGCAGCUGGUGGAAAGAAGUCGGGUAAAGAAGCUGCAGCUCCUUGCCCACCAUUACCUGAUUCCAGCCAAGGUGGAGUUCCACAUCGGAGACACUCGACCUGAACCCAGCACUUCAGCAAUCAUUGGACAGCUUCGCAGACUUGGCUAUGUGUCUCUGUCGGACAACGAGAAGACCGGCUUUAGAGCUCGGGAGCUGAAAUCAGUCCAUGUAGACGCCGUCGGAACUUAUCUGAAGAUAACCUUCCACCAGAAUCAUAUUAACCGUCACAAUCACUACAAUCAGGUCUCUUUGGUGGCCAUUAAUGUGCUGGGUGAGCCACUGGAUGGCAGCGCUUUUCACACGAUGCCAAGCAAAGAGCAGCUGACUGAACACUACCUCAACAGCACUCAGCUGGAAGCUGCCUUGGAUGCGACCCUUGCAGGAAAAUGUGAUUCCAUGUCCCCCUUGGACGACCUGGCCUUUGACAUGUACCAGGACCCGGAAGUGGCCCAUAUAAUCCGCCAGCUGGAUCAAAAGAAGAAGGACAUGGUGUGCCAGGAGCGAUAUGAGCAAGCCAAAUAUCUGAAGCAGGCCAUCGCUGAUCUUAAAAAGGCCGGAGAGCAUUUGGCAAGAUUUGAUGUGGAGAAGCAAUCUGCUAUGGAAAAGGAGGACUAUGACCUUGCCAAGAAAAAGAAGGAUGAGAUGGAUGAGUACCGGCAGAGUGUCUACCAACAGCUGGAGGUCCACAACCUGCUAGAUAUGACAAUGAUCACAAAUGCAGCACAACUGUCUCGAUCCCACGAGGUUCCCUCACCUCUCCAUUCUUCAGACUGCCACUCACCCCUCCCCAAACCCUUUGACACGAUAAGGAAAGGGAAAGCUUUCUCAAAAACGCCACAGAGCCGUCUGUCAGACUCUGGCACAGUGUCGCCUAAGCGGAGCAAUUCACCUGACAUACCUGGAGCCUUGUCCUCGUCUACGCUACCAAAAAUAGAUGUUAGCAGCGUGCCAUAUGAUGAGUUGCUGUUGCCAGCCCCUCAAAGGAAAGACCAGCAGCCAGUGGCGGACAUACAGAGUCCUACAAUGGAGCAGUUCCUUUUACGAGACACCCAAAGGACACUACUUAGUCCUGAGACCGGCAUAGAACCAGAACCCCUAUCAGAGAAGGCUCAGAGAGAGGCUGGUCUUUCAAUAGAAAUCUUUGGAGAGAGUCUGGUCGCAAGUGCAUAUUCUAAAUCCUGGUCGAACAGAGAAGAUGCACUCCUGGCUGUGCACAACAAGCUUUUGGAGGUAUCAUCCACAACUUCCAAAGAGGAGCUGAGGAACAUGUUAAGAGCUACAGUCUUCCUGGUCAAGAGAGCCCUCCUUGAGAAAGUCUCAUCUGUUUUCCAAGCCUCCUUGAAGCUGCUGUUCUUGAUGUUUAGCCAGCUGAUCCCAGGUCUGGGCCGGGCUGAGGUGGCCCACUGUUUGGAUCAAACUUGGCCCAAUCUGCUGGCCAGGACAGGGGACUCGAGCAGCCGCCUCCGGAUCACAGCUAUCGCCUGCAUCCAAGAAAUUGCAGUUCUGAAGGAUGUUCAGGCCUUGCAGCUCAUCCCCACUGAGCUGGUGAAGCCUUUCAAAUCCAACUUCCCCUCUCGCCUGGCUCAGAGUCAGGUGGAGCUGCUCGAGACUCUCCUGGUGGAGCUGGGCACGGAGAACUCUGGAUUCACCCUGGAGAAUGUAAUGACGUUCUGCACUACAGCUUUGGAGCACAGCGCUUCCGCUGUUCGAGAGCAGGCGGUGCGCAUCAUCUUGUCCAUGUACAAGCAACACGGUGCAGCCGCUCUCGUUUACCUUCCACCCAGCAGUGCUGCCCGCAAGAACUUCCUUUACAAAACCCUGUUUGAUGGCUUCGCCAAGAUCGACGGAAAUCUGGUGGAGACUGAGCUUAUGAAGAAGGGAGGUGCUCUACAGGAUGGGCAGCAGGAGAAGGAGGAGAUCCAUUCUCUGCAAAAGCAGCUGGCUGCCUUGAAAGAGAUGACAGAGAGAGACAUUAGAAGUACCAAAGGCCAAAUAACCAAAAAAGAAGCGCCUAAGGUUGAGAGGGUGUCUCAAAAGUCUGGUAAACCAACAGUUACAAAAUUGCCACAGAACGAGAAAUUGCACACUUCAAACGUCCAACAAUCGAUUAAUUACCUGGACAAGUUGUGUAUUUUCUGUGGUAAAACUGAUGAUUCCUUCACUGAAGAUGUAUUAGAUCUUCACUACUGGAAACACUGUCCUAUGCUGCGACGCUGCGAUGAAUGCAGACAGGUAGUGGAGAUCGCCAGCUUCACCGAGCACUUACUGAACGAAUGUGAAAGCCGGUCCAAGUUCAGCCAGUGUCAAAGCUGCUCGGAGGCAGUGGCCACUGAGGAUCUGACUUGCCACAUCCAGGGUCCCACUUGUAAUCCCCCUGCCUCUGGUAAAAGCUUCAGUCACUGCCCCUUGUGUCACAACAACUUCCCACCAGGAGAAGAGGCCUGGAAGACUCACCUCACGGGGAGGGAGGGCUGCAAACAAAACUUGCGCAGGACUGCAUCCCAGAGAACCCAGCCAGUACAAGGCAGGGCUGUAUCUAGCACAAAGGUCACACAGACUUGGUCGGUGGGCGCCCGAGGCAGAGCCAGGCCUUUGGGGAGAAGCAGUCGAAUUCCAUCCCUUACGCCGCUGGCUAGAGGACAUACACCAGGGAAGCGGUGAUCGUCAAACAGGGAGACUCCCGGUGCAGAACAGACUCCACAUAAAGUCGUGUGAAAGUGUUUGCCCCCAUCCUGAUAUCUUAUUUUUUGUGCAUGAUUGUCACACUAAAUAUUUCAGAUCAUCAAACAAAUUUAAAUAGUAGUCAAUGACACCACAACUGAACACAAAAUGUAUGAAUGUAAGUGUGAAUGGUUGUUUGUCUAUAAGUGCCCUGGGAUUGGCUGGUGACCAUUCUUGCACCUCUCGCCCAAAGUCAGCUGGGAUAGGCUCCAAGCGACUGCGACCUCAGUGAGGACAAGCGAUAUAGAAAAUGAUGAAUGAACAGUAAAAAUUGACAUAUUUUAGACAUAUUUGCAAAUGAUGAUUAAUCAUGAUGAAUUAAUUUGAAAACUAAUUAAUCUGAUAACAUUUUUAGUCAUUUGACAGCCCUAGUUAAGUUGAAUAUUUAAUAUAAAAAUAACACAUCACAAAAAGGCCCACAAAAUUUGAUAUUGAUGUCAAUCCACAGUUUAAAUAAUCCAGGUCAUAUUUAUGCUUCACCAUCCUCGAAAAGUCAACGGUGAUAGCUACUGCUACCCAUUUUGGGACCAAACCCACCAGUUGAAAACCACUGCUCUAAAUCAGGUUAGUUUGGUUAGUCACCAAGAUCCUUUCGAAUGGUGCAAAAGAUUAUAUUUCCUCAAAAUUGUCAAAGAUAUGAAUCAAAAAUUUUAAAAGCAAUUAAUAUGGGCACUUUUGUGGGUCAUAUCCAACCACACGAUAACAUUCAACAUGUUAUUCAACAUUCAAAAACACUAACUCAGCAUGUGGCCAGACAUGGUAUGAAUAAUGUUGGUCGGACUUUAGCUACAGCUUUAAAUGUGCAAUGUCCUUAAAAACUACAAAUUGCUGUCAGUGACCAUGCGUAAUCAUACAAUAGGCAAAGCUUUAUUUGUACUGCAUACAGUAACAGAGUGUUUCACAGUCCAAGAUUAAAACAAAUAGAAGAGCAGGAGCAGUAGGGGAGAUUAGAAAAUGCUAUGGGAAGUGUGUUUCUGUGCACCAGGGCUAUCCACAGUGCGGCACGGGAGCCAUCUGUGGCCCACAGCUUGUUUUUUUACUGUCCUGCGGCACAUUGUAGAAAUAAAAUUAACCCCCCUCAAAAAACAGGAAAAAUAGAGCACAAACACAAAAUAUAAAGAGAAAAAGCUGAUAACUAAUAACUAAUAAUAAAACACGGCUUUAUGUAAAGUUUUUUCUAGCAUUUUUACAAAUUUAAAAAUGACAAAGUGACUCCUUGCAUCCUUUGAUUUUCAGUGUGUGGCCCUUGGUGGAAAAAGUUUGGACACCUCUGCUGUAGAGAAUGUAAACAGAACUAGAUUAAAGACAUGAUAGAUAGGUACAGUGAGUAGACUUCAACUUACUUCUACAAAUUGUUAUCACACUAAACUACUGAGUCUGUGACUAUAUGGCAAACAGGACAAUCCAUGUGUUUUUAUAAUCCGCAGAUAACGUCACCGGGGGUUAUUUUGUCUGUUGUGACAAGCCCCCGUCUGCGCUCACCCCUCGAGAGACAGAUGCUAUUAUACAGCUGUUUAUAUUUGCGUGGUGGCAAGUGUAGACAAGAGAGUGACUUAAGCUUCAUGUACUAAUGUUUCUAGUCAGUCGCUCUUGUGUAUAGGUUUAGAACGUUAUUGUCUUAAUUUUAGGUGUGCACAUAAAAUGUAUGAAGUACCAGUCAAAAGUUUAGACCUUCUUUUUGAAGUGUGUCCAAACUUUUGACUUAUACCGGAAUUGUAAGAUAAGUUGUAUAAUAUCUAGUACAGUAGUGUCAUGUGGUCUUUUAUUCUAUUAAAAAAAAGGCUGGCUUUAACAUGCGUCAGUAUUGGACCAUUUUCAACAAAGACUAUUUUCUCCCAGCAAAAGUAACUGCAUUUCCUUAAAUAAAAGUAACGGCUGGGUAUGCCGAGGCGUGGCACAACAAAGGCUGUUGUGUGGUGUUGAUGUUAUUCCCAACAAGCGUUUCUUUAUUCUUAAAUUAAAAUCACUUUUUUACAAAGAUGAUCCUUAGACAACUGUUGAUAUAUGCUGAGCGGUGUAUCCUGCGGGGAGAGUAGACAACUGUGACAAAUCCCUCUUUAAGCUUUAAUUAAACGCAAUAUUUUGCUAGUCAGCCUCUUGUCCAUAGUUUCAAAAUGGUGGUAUUGUCUUAAUGUUAAGUGUGUAUAUAAAAUCCCUACAGUAUCAGUCAAGUUAAGUUUUGAAUAACAGCAACAACUGUGUAUGGUAUGCCGUGGCUUAACAUACUGUAACAAAGGUUGUUGUGAGGCGGUGAUGUUUUUCCCAUCCAUCUUUUCAAUGUUCAAAAUCGAACACAAGUCCCUUUUUUUUUUUUUUAGAUAACUAGAAGACUUCAGGUUUUAUUUACACUAUCAUACAAAAACUCAACAAAAUCUGAUACAUUUUGGUUUAGAAUGUUUUCUCUGUUCUUGCUGAAAAUACACAAUUGGUCAAAAUGUUGCACCAUAUUACUAAUACUUUGGCUGUCACGCUUGCACACUGAGGCUCACAUUUGAAAAGGCACUGAGAUUUAAACACUGAAGACCUAUAUGGUAGUGGUUUUCCAAAAGGCAUUGAGGAUUACUCAUAUUUUAUCUCCAAAGUGGAUAACUUAAAUGUAAAAGUGGCUGUAUAUUUAAUCAUAACUCAAGUCCUCUUCGCUUAUUUUUGGUUUCUUCCACUGACAGUCAUACCGAAGUCCUCUGAGCACAAACCAGCUCUUCCUCGUGCACCAGCCUCCACAUCUUGACAAGCUCCUGUGCAUUAAGUUUGUGCACCACAACAAGGUUCUUGUAAAAGCACGGCUCGGUGUUCAUGGGGCUCACCCUGCGCCUGGUGAUGCCGAAGGUCCUGAAGCCCAAGUGCAUUUCCGGGCUCAGGUGGAGCCUCUGCAGACACAUGCCCAAAAACACGUCAUCAAUGGGGUACAGCUCCAGGUUCUCGGAGACCACAAAGAGCCUCCUGGCCAGAUGGGAGGACAUGAGGAACCCCCCUCCCCCUACAUAAGGUGGGUAUGGCUUAUCAUAGAGCUCCCUGGGGAUGUAGUAUUUGCUCUGUCUGUUCCUGAUGGGGAUGGCCUUGGAGAUGGUGUCCCCCACAAACAAAGUGGUCUCCUUGUGCUCCUCCACUUUAAAGCCGAUGAGGUCCAGCAGGUUGUUGGUGUUCACAAACACAUCGUCGUCUCCUUUGAAUAUAAACUGGACUCCUGGACAGUAGAUGUUGAACCAUUUGAGAAAGUUGACCUCCUUCAGGGUCAAGUUGAAGAAUGUGUCCAUGAAAUCCCACUGCAGGAUGUCCCUGUAAAUGUGGUCCUCAUACUCGAUCAGUUUCUGUAGGUUUUUGGCGUCUUUGCCCGCAGCAGGGCUCCCCAAAAGAAAGAGGGUCUUUAUGCGCUUACCGUCCACCGUGUGUUCCUUGCCCCAGGUUUUACGCACCGCCUCCCGCCGGUCGUGCUGCUCGAUAACGGACUUGACCACCAUGAGGAGGUGCACCCCUCCGUCUGUGCACUUCUCCGGGUGGUUGAUGAGCAUCGGGAAGUACCUGCAGUGCCGGUGCAAGACGAACUGGUGAAAUCUCGGGUCCAACCUCCGGAACCAAUCCUUGGUCCUCACCGUGACAUCCUCGCUGCAGUUGAGCACCUGCGGGUCCCAUAAGCGACCGCUCUGGUUGGAGACUUGUUGCGCCUCCGGUGCGCUUUGGUGGUUCAACAAAGAGUGCUUGACUGCAGUCUUCUUGAAUGAAAAACAGUCUCCACACCACCCGGCGUGUCUCAUAUACGUCCCCAUGGCGUCUUUCUCGGGGAGUCUAAGCUUGUGGAUCAUGAGGAGCGAGGCGAAGAACAGAGAGAGGCUCAGCAGGGGCUUCAGUAGACCGAGCCGCUUUCUCCUGAAAAGGUGCUCCAUGGUGCUCAGUGCAGUGGCCAGGGGCUCUCCAACGCUUCACCUUUCUCCAUUCUCAACUUCAGGUCUCUCAGGCAUUGAUGUCCCCUCACAUGUGGUACUGUACUGCCCCACCUGGAGGGCGCUGACACUGACCUGGACCCGUGGCUCUUUGUGGCCAUGACGGCACUCACUGGAGGAACAGGUUGGCUUUCCGUCGUGGAUGAUGGACGUGGUCCUUCAACUUCUCUGCUUUGUGCCUGUGGACACACAGACCCUCCUUCAUUACACUCGCUCUCCUCCGCCUCCUCUUCCCAAAUGUCACCUCCCACCUCCUCAUGAUGAUGCCUCUUUAUUGGAACAGGUGUCAACAAGUAUAAUGCCUGCACACUUUAACAGUAACAUGUAGCGUAUUUGGCAUCUGCUUUUGAGUUUACACUGAAACAAUGACUUGUUCCAUUGUA